GGCUGGAGCCUUCCCCGCCCCUCCGGGGCCGCUCCGGGCCCGUCCCGCCGAUCGCGGAGGAUGCCCGGCCGGGAGCGCGGCGGCAGCGCGGGGCUCCUCCAGCAUGAAGAAACACCAGCAGCACUCGGUGCAGGGCACCUUCAGCCGCCUCUUCGGGAAGCGCCACUCCAGCCCCACCGCCACCUCCCUGUUCGCCACCAACCCGCCCUGGAUCUUCACGCAGGAGGUGACCUCGGACAGCGCGGGUGGCACCGGUGAUGUGAUCGAGGUGUAUUACGGUGACAAUCGCUUUGGGACGGUGACAGAUCCCGGCACAGCAACGCUGAAACCCCGUCCGAGGGUGCGGCCGCUGCUGACCUUCCUGCCCCUGAACGCCCAGGAAUCCCAUGGGGUGGCUGUGCCAACGCCGUCGGUGCCAGAAGGCUUUGAGGAAAAGGCAGCUCUGGGCUCGGGCUCCCAGCUCAAUGGCAAUGUUCGGAUGUACAGCUCGGUGGGUGACCUGCGCCCGCAGGCCCUGGACGGGGACGAACUGGAUGAAGACAUCCCCCCGCCGCCAUCGGUGCCCCCGCCGCCCCCUCCGGCUCCCGUGCCGCCCCCUCCGCCCCCCGAAAUGCUGCCGCCACCUCCGCCACCACCGCCACUCGAGCCGGUGCCACCCCCUCCUGCCACCGCCGCCCCGCCGCCCCCCGCCUCCGCCCUGUCCUCCCCCAGCACCCCGGCUCCUCCAGACUUCAUCCCUCCRGCCCCGCCGGGCGCCCGGGACCCCGCAGCCUUCGCCCCCGGCAUGUCCAAGUGGAAAUCGGAGACGGUGCUGAACACGAGGCAGGCGGAUGGCGAGGGGCCGCUCUGCGCUGCCCAGCCCGGAGUACCCGCGGCUCCCAGCCCCAAGGAGAGCCCGCAGCCCAAGGCCGAGCCCCACCUCACCUUCCCCAGGUCGUUCAAGGUGCCGCCGCCCGCCCCGGCGCGCUCCUCGUCCAUCCCGGUGCAGGAGGGCCAGCCCGGCCGGCAGGAGCCGGUGCCCCGACAGCCSCACACCCGGCCACCGCUGCCGCCCUGCUUCACCAUCCGACCCGCGGCCAAGGCUCGGCCCGSAGAGGCGGAGCAGAGAAAUGCCGGGCUCAGGCAGGGCGUGGGGAAGCCGGCUGCACCCCCUCCACUGAGCCCCAAGCCGGGCCCAGCGCUCAGCCAAGCGGCGAGUCCCGCCGGCCGCCGGUCCCCGCUGCCGGGCUCGGAGCCGGACAAGAUUCCGCAGCUGAAAACAGCCGGGAGAGACUCCCCUGCACAGUUUGAACCUCUCACUGCCAAUGACCUGGACCUCCCUCCUCCGGACUACCCGAGCAGCGAGGAUGACUGGAAGGACGCCAGYAACCUGAACAGGCUGCGGGAUGAGCUCUCGGCCCUGCUGCGCUCCACACGCCGGGAGGAGAGGCCGGGGGAGAAGCCGGGGGAGAAGCCGGGUGUCCCCCAGCCUGUGGACAGCAGCACCGGCCGAGCUGGCAGCCGAGAGCCGGGGCUCAGCCAGCCCCARCCCCCCGGGAAGGACACGGGGCUGUCCAAGGGAGGGGAGAGCGAGAAGAAAGAGGUGCCCAGCAGCACCCCCAGCACCAACGGGGGCUCUCCCAGCACGGCACCCACCGCCCCUGAGAGCAGCGCUGCCACACAGCCCCGCAGCGUGAUGACCAUCAGGAACGAGCUGGAGGCUGUGCUGGCCCUCAAGAAAGAAGGGAAAGCCGCCCCGGGGCUCAGCAGCCAGAAGCAGGGUGUGGAGAAUGGCAGCAGCACCCCGCAGGUGAGGAAGAGCCCCCCUGAGCUGAGGAAGAGCCCCCCUGACACGAGUGACUCGGUGCCAAAGCCACUCCCCAGCCCGCUCCCGGCUCCGGUGGCUGCGGUGGACAAGGAUGAGAGAGAUGACAAGGAUGAGAGAGGUGACAAGGAUGAGAGAGGUGACAAGGACCAUCCUGCUCCUGCUGCUGGCAGGGCCACAGAGGAUGUGACCCCUGCUCCUGGGUCCCUCAGCAGCAGCAUGACACCCCCAAACCCACCUCAGGGAGCGGCAGAGGAGCCCCCUGCUCCCACACUCCCCUCGCCCGCCGUGUCCCCYACACGGAGCCCGGCACCACAGUCCAUCUUCCAGUACAAAGUGCACCAGGCUGGGGCCAGCUCAGCUGAGCCCCGCAGUGCCCUGGGUUCAGCUGAGCCCGGCAGUGCCCCCGGUUCAACUGAGCCCCGCAUUGCCCCGGGUUCAGCUGAGCCCCGCAGUGUCCCCGGUUCCGCUGAGCCCCGCAUUGCCCCCGGCUCAGCAGAGCCCCGCAUUGCCCCGGGUUCAGCUGAGCCCCGCAGUGUCCCCGGUUCAGCUGAGCCCCGCAGUGUCCCCGGCUCAGCUGAGCCCCGCAGUGCCCCCGGCUCAUCUGAGCCCCGCAUUGCCCCCGGUUCAGCUGAGCCCCGCAGUGCCCCGGGUUCAGCCGAGCCCCGCAGUGCCCCCGGUUCGGCUGAGCCCCGCAUUGCCCCCGGUUCAUCUGAACCCCGCAGUGCCCCGGGUUCAGCCGAGCCCCGCAGUGCCCCCGGCUCAGCUGAGCCCCGCAUUGCCCCCGGUUCAGCUGAGCCCCGCAUUGCCCCCGGCUCAGCUGAGCCCCGUAGUAACCCCGGCUUAGCUGAUCCCCGCAUUGCCCCCGGCUCAGCUCAGCCCCGCAUUGCCCCCGGCUCAGCUGAGCCCCGCAUUGCCCCCGGCUCGGCUGAGCCCCGCAUUGCCCCCGGCUCGGCUGAGCCCCGCAUUGCCCCCGGCUCGGCUGAGCCCCGCAGUGUCCCCGGCUCAGCUGAGUCCCCCGGCAGCUCGGCCCGGAGCCCCCCGGCCGUGUCGGGAGCGGGGCAGGAGGAGGUGCUGAUCCACCCGGUGACGGGUGAACGCGUGGAGCGGGGCUCGCCCAUGGCUCUGCUGCUCGCAGCCCGGCAGCGCGCCCAGCGGGGCCGCCAGCCCGGGGACGGGGUGGCCACACCGAGGGUCCGGCCACUCCUGAGGCUCAGCAGUGCCUCAUCGGACACCACCUCCAGCAGCUUUUUCCGCCACGAGUCCAAGCCCGGCUCGUUCACCGUGGUGCCUCGGGCGGCCGGUGCGGCGGGGUCCGGCGGGAGCAAAGCCCCGUCCUUCUCCAGCUCCUCGGAGCAGGGCCGGGCCGUGCCGGGCGAAGCACAGCCCCGAAGAGCCGCGGCCUCCAGCCUGCUGCGGGGGCUACUGGACGCGGGGCAAGCUAGCCAGCCCGGCCCGGCCCGCCUCGGGGGGGACGAAGAGAACGGGGACGCAGCGCUGGAUUUUGGGAUCAUCCCCCCGCCGCCMGAAUUCAGCAACGAGGCGGAUGAAGGUCCUGUCCCGCGUCGGGAGGAGAACCGCAAGUGUCCCAGCGUYCCUGACAGCAGCCGGGGCUCGGGCGAGCCGCGCUAUUACAGGUGGUUUGGCUACAGCCGCAGCUACGGGGGCAACCAGGAGCCAGCAGCUCCGCUGUCCUUGGAGAAGAGCUGGAGGAACGGCGAGCUGACCCCGCAGUACCCCGAUUUCAGCAGCCCCCCGAGUUUCUCCAGCCACGGCCCCAACCCGCGCCCGCUGAUCAAGAAGCGCCUGUACAUGUCGGAACCCGACAGCUCGUACCCCCGGGCAGCCCCCCGCGCCUCGGGCACCCUGUCCUCCACCGUGUCAUCCUACAGCCCCGGGGGGUUCAGCUCCACCGGAGAGGGGUCCCGGCGCCUUGGAUCUGCCCACAGGAGCGGCCCCCCGAGCGCCCAGGCCAGGCGGGCUUCCAUGGAUGCUGCUGGGAAAGCCACAGCCUACAGCGGCAGCGGGGCUGAUGCCAAGUACAAGGGGCAGAACGGAGAUUUCUCUCCUGCCAGCGUGCUGACAGCCAGCAGGUCUGCCCACGCCUCCUCGCCCUACGGGGGACCCUCCAACACCUUCACUGUCCGGCCUGGCRCUCGCCAGCCCAUCUCCUAUGGCUACCAGAGCCACCGGUAGGCUACCAGGGGCUGCCCAGCAAGGGCCAGAAGGUGCCCGGGGUGCUCCUUUCCUUCUCCAAGAGCACCAGGGACCRUCCCAACCCAGCCUGAAACCGCUCUGCUUGAAACUGCUGAUGGAGAAGGUGGGGAAUGAGCCCGAGACGUGGACUUUUCUCAAGAGACUGUCAUGGAGAGUAGUUACUGCGGAGGACAGGCAACUGCCUUGUUACGUGAGCAAAYGUGCUUUCCCUUUUUCCCAUUUCCCACCUGGAUUCCUUUCAGAAUUGCAGUCUGACAGGUCAUCCAGGAAAGCCAAAGAGCAUCCUUAGCUCUCUUUGAAGAGUAUCACCACUGGAAGGAUCAGUUUGUUUUCAGUUUGUUUUUUAAUUGGUUUCACUCCAGCSUGCUUGGGAGCAGGGAGAAACCAAAUGGGAGAUGUGCACAAUGGAGGCAAAGCAGUGCAUAGCUAAAUGUCAGGGAUUGAAAUAGGAAUGUGAGCCCAGUGGGAUGGAAGGAGAGUUUAGGAUAAUUAGAUCCUUUUUGUUUUUYAAGAGUCUGGAGCAAAUGAAUUCUGCCUUAAACCCAGCUCCUGGCAGUGAGUGCCUGUCCUGCCAAGCUGGGUGCGAGCCCCUUCUCCAGGAGCAGCUUUGGGAGCAGGGGCCCUGCUUUGCUGUGCCUUUUGGUCACUGGAAAUGUUUCUGUUGGUGAUCACUCCUCGUGGAAGGAGGCUGUGAGGCUCAGAUGGAUGCCUGUGGAGCCCUUUGGAGAUGCAGGACAYGGAGCAAUCCUUCUUUUCCUUUGGCUGGUGGGUGCCAGGGACUCACCAAGUGCUGGUGCUUCCCCUGCCUUCUCUUGCCACUUCACACCCGUGUGACCCCUCCCAGUGUCCUUAGGAGCUGUUCUGCUGACACUUGGCUUCACUUGGCCUCAUUUGGGGAGCAAGAAGAUAAUUUUUGGUGUAUUGAUCUCAGGGUGUGUGGGGUGUCUGCAGUGCCACCCAAGGGAGCUGGCUCCCAGUGUUCCCCUCAGUGCUUUUCCAGGUGUUGGAUGUGUAAAUCUGUCCCUGCUCUCGCUCUGAGGAGUGCAGAGUGGGAGAAUGAGGAGCUUAGAGAGGGUUUGUAACCUCCAAAGAGCAGCRGGGUCUCACCACAGCUGACCUGAGUUGUGAAUUGCCAACUUGCUGAAACUACAAACAGAGAAUCUUCCUCGUAGGUAAACUCGCUGAAAAUCACUGUAAGAUAACUGUAAAAACUUGUAGAGAAUAUUUUCUAAUCACUGAAACUAAAAGCACUUUGAGACAUUAGUCUAUUUUUAUGGAAAGCACUUUCUGUUUUCAAUGCUAUAAAUGCCAUUGGUUCCACUCCAGCUUACCCUGCCUUGCACACACCUCUGUGUGCCCUGCAAUUCAGCUCAAAAUCAGGGAUAAAUUUUCCUUCACGGUGGAAUUCUCAGAAGUUAUCUUGAUAUUCGUGUCAUGUCACUGACAUUCUGUUUUGUGUUAUUUCCAGCUUUACCUAAUAAUUUAACAGCCYUUUCAGAUAUUGCAGCAGCUUUAAAGUAUUCUGAACUUUACUUUGCUGUGAAUAAAAUGAAAAUGCAAAUACAAUAAUCAGUUUAAUAGCUAAUUCAAAGGGCAUUUUUAUGCCAAUAAGUCGCAGUGACUUGGAAGAUUUCCAGUGCUCACCCCAGCCAAUAUUGAAAUAAUGGGCUUUAAAUAUCUGGGUGUUGGUUUUAMAAAAAUAUUUAUGGACAAGAGUGACUAUGGAGUACCUAUAAGGAUAUUUAAGUGUGCCAAUACUUAAGUGUGGAUACCACUCACCCCAAAACAUGGAAUUUUUCCGUGCAAGGAGCAUUUUGAGGAGUCUUAUCUGUAGAAGUAAAUCUGUGAUCCUCUUUGAGAGRCUUAAGGGUCAUGUUUUAGUAUUGGAUGAAGUUUCACCAGUUUAAAGAAAACUGUCUCUUUGAUAACAUUGCAACCUCAUGGGUUUUUUUUUUUGUUCCUGAUACUUUUUUUUUUUCAAAAUAAUAAGCUAUAAUUGUAAAUGAGCUCUCAAGAACAAUUCUAAUGUAAGGCUGGGUGGGAGAUUGCAGCUUUUGAUCCUGACUUUGCCCAGAAAUGGGGAGGGCARGGUGUGUUUGUGCAAUUUUCCACCUCAAAAAUUCUUCCAAACUGGAAUCUUCCUAACACAAGUUUUUGGUUGUUUUUUUUUCUUUUUAGAGAAAACUGUGACACUCCAAUGGUGGCACUUGCUUUGAGUGUCACAUUUACUAUUUCACCCAGACACACAAUUCACCUGUAGUUGCAAUAUGGUGUUAGACACCAUGGAGUGUCUCAUUCUUAGCARACUUAUUUAAUUUAGAGUUAGAAGCGUGAUAAUAUAAGUCARCUUUAUAAAAUAGCCAUUAUUCAUUCCAGAACACCACUCUGGGAAUGCACAGGGGCCUGAGCUGUCACUGAAUCAGGCUGGACUCUGCUCCCACUUGCAGAACUGGUUAGCAYGCAGGUUUUCAGCAGUGGAACACUUCUAUUCUUUAAACACUUUGGGCUAUCCCUGCUUCUUUUGAAUGCAUUCAGCAGAUUCUGGUAUUUCAGUUUCAGCUCGRCAUUGAUUCUGGGGCUGUUGUGACAAAGGAACCUCUGUCAGAGCUGUUGGCAGCCAAAGCAGUGGGAACAGAGUUCAAUCUGCUCAAGUGAGGGAUGGGGAACAUCCCCUUUUCCUGGGGCAGGUUCCUCUGUCAGGGUGUGGAUAAACUGUCCUUGCACUCCUGUUUCUGCCCCUCACAGCUCCUUCAUUGUGGAAAUUUAGCAACAGGAUAGGAUGAAACAAAACUAAGGGGUAUUAAUGGGGCCCAGAAACCAGUGCUGAGAGCAAUCCUAAAGCUUGGCAGUGGAAUUACUCUCACUUCACCCUCUCUGAUGCAGUGUGGUCAUUCAAGUCAUGGUACAACUUAAAUUAUCCCCUGCAGCUGCCUCUUCCUCAGAAGUUCCUGCUAGGGGAGUGUAACAGAGCAUUAGCUGUAAAGUAUUGAACAAAGUCUCUUAUUUAUGAGUGCCAUUGAACUCCAACCUUCUUGCAUUAAACAUUUCUGGAUGUAUUGUUUUAUUACA